AUGCCAGUCUCAGAGCUUGCGCUUGUUUGUUAUCAUAGUGAUAAUGAUGAUCCCGAUUUCGAAGUUCCAGAGAGUAAUGUCGAUGGUGAAGGUGAUGAUGGGGAUAGUGAAGGAGGCGACGAUAGUGACAAUGAGAGUGUGAAUGAGGGAGAAAAUGAAGUAGACGACAAUGGUGCGAAUGAGGGAGACAACGACAAUGAGAGUGCAAAUGAGAGAGACAACGACAAUGAGAGUGCAAAUGAGGGAGACGACGAACUAGAUAAUGAAGGAGACGAAGAUAGACACGAAGAUGCCGACGGUAAUGAAUCUGAAGAUGAACCUGAUGAAGACAGAGAUGAAAGGUAUGACUUCGAGGUAGAAGAAGCUGUAGCAAAUUGGUUUGAUGAGGGUAAGAUUCGUCGCGAUUCGAUCCCAGAUACUUCUGAUGAGGAUGAGGAUCCUGUGAUUACUAGAGAUCAUAAAAUUAGAUUGGGAACAGAUGAUAGGUUCGGUAUUGGGAGAACAUUUUUCAGUAGUUUUGAGUUGAAAGAGGCAGUGUUACAUUAUGCAUUGAAGAAUAGAGCAAAUCUUAGACAAAGUAGGUGGGAGAAGGAUAAAAUUGAGUUUAGAUGUGCUGGAAAGAAGAAGAAUGGGAACUGUUGCUGGAAACUCUACUGCUCAUACGAUAAUGAUAAGCAACUGUGGUUGCUUAAAAAGCCAGUGAUUGCAAGGUUGCUUAUGGACAAAUUGAGGAUGAAUCCUAAUUUCAUGCCUCUUGACAUCCAAAGGCAUAUCAAGGAGCAAUGGAAAAUAUCAAGUACUAUUGGACAAUGUCAGACCGGAAGACUUCAAGCUAUCAAGUGGUUGAAAAAUGAAUAUGAACAACAAUUUGCUCACCUCAGAGGAUAUGUUGCUGAAAUUAUAAGAUCAAACAUGGGUUCAACUGCCAUUGUUGACACCAUUACUGAUGGUAGUGGGAAUCACGUGUUCAACCGGAUUUAUGUGUGUAUGGGAGCAAUGAAGAAUGCAUUUUACUUUUGUAGGCCACUCAUAGGGAUAGAUGGAACAUUUUUGAAGCAUGAUGUUAAAGGAUGCCUUUUCACUGCCAUUGCUCAUGAUGCAAACAACCAGAUUUCUCCAGUAGCUUGGGCAACAGUUCAAACAGAAAAUGCAGACAAUUGGGAAUGGUUUUUGAAUCUGCUAAAGGUUGACUUGAAACUAAAAGAUGGCAGUGAUUAUGUUGUUAUAUCAGAUCGAUGCAAGGGACUGAUGAGUGCAAUUAAAAGUGUGUUGCCAAAUGCUGAACACAGACCUUGUGUGAAGCAUAUAGUUGAAAACUUGAAAAAGAGACAUGCAAAUAAAGACUUAUUGAAGAAGAUGGUAUGGAACUUAGCUUGGAGUUACAACUUUGAAGCAUAUCGAACUAACCUUGCCAAAAUGAGAGCUUAUAGUAUGUCUUUGUAUGAAGAUGUCAUGAAGGAGGAACCAAAGACUUGGUGUAGAGCAUUUUUUAGGCCGGGCAGUUUUUGUGAGGAUGUGGACAACAAUGCCACUGAGUCAUUUAACGCAACAAUUGUCAAAGCUAGAGCAAAGUCAUUGGUUCCUAUGUUGGAAACAAUAAGAAGACAAGCGAUGGCAAGGAUAAGUAAGAGAAAGAAAAAAAUUGGCAGAUGGGAGAAAAACAUAUCUAAGUAUGUUUCAGAGAUUUUGGCAGAGGAGGAAGAAGAUGCAUUGAGAUGUGAAGUUACGAAAGGAACGCAUGGCAAGUUUGAGGUUUGGGUAGAUGGGAAUUCUAACUCUGUUAAUUUAACUACUGAAAUGUGGGAUUGCUCAUGCUACAAGUGGCAGGUCACAGGGAUUCCAUGUGAACAUGCCUAUGCGGCAGUCAUGGACGUCGAUAAGAAUGUUGAAGAUUUUGUAGUUCCAAUGUUUGGUACUCAAGCAUGGAAAGAACAAUAUGAAACAGGGCCUAACCCAGUUAGAGGGCAAACUUACUGGAUGACCAAUGAUUAUGUCUUAAUCACCGCACCUCCAGAACCAGUUUUACCUGGGAGAAAGAAAGAGCAGAAGAAGAAAUUCAAUCGCAUCAAGAGUCCACUCGAAUCACCAAAGAAAAAGAAGGGGAAAACGGGACCAAAAAUACUCAAACUAGGAAGGCAAGGAAGAGUAAUGCAUUGCAAAUCAUGUGGUCAAGCAGGUCAUAAUGCAGCUGGAUGCAAGACAUUGAAAUCGGGAUUGAUUCUAUGA